GUCUUACAUGUAUGUUCAGUGGCAAAGAUUAUAUACUCGAUUCGGGGGUCCAUGGCACAAUAAAUUAUUCAAAUAAGUUUAAUUCUUAAUUUGAUUUAAUCCGGACAGAAUUGAUAUGGAGCAAAAAGUAAUCAAGGAUGAAAUCGAGGUUCACGAUGAUUUUAUUUGGAAUAUGAACGUUAAACAAGAAUUAAGUGAUGAAAAGCCUUGUGUCGCUUUUCAAAAUGUAAAUAUAAUUAGUAUACAUCCUAUUAAACAAGAAAUAAAUGACGAUCUAAACAUAGUUCAAGUAUUUGAAGAAUCUAUGGUCGCAGCAAAAAUAGAGGAAUGCUCUAAUAGGGUUGAGAAGCCCAAUAUUGAAAGCAAAUAUAAAUCGGAGAGAAUAAAAACUGUAAAAGAAACUGAAUCACAAGGGUUGUUAAAAAAUGGAAAACAUCUUAAUAGGAUUGGUGGUAUUAUAAUCUGUGAGUUAUGUGGAAAUUUAUACAUGAAACGAAUAGAAUUCAUUCGACACUUUUCUACAAGUCAUUAUAUGAAGAAGAAAUUUUACCAGAAGAAUAAAUGUUUUAGAAAAAAGCGAACAACGAGCAGUGCUGUUAACAGUAGUGUAAAAAAUGAAAUUGAAACAUUUGAUGAUGGUUGGAAAAACGAAAAUUCCAAGUCAAAUAUAUAUGUUGGUCUUGAAAGAAAUGAUUUAAACUUAUUCAAAUGUGACAUUUGCUCAAAAACUUUUGCACGAAAAUAUAGUUUAAAUAAACAUUCACGUAUUCAUACAGGGGAGAAGCCUUUUAAAUGUGACAUUUGUUCGAAAUCGUUCCUACGGAAAUUUCAUUUGAUUCAACAUUUGUGUGUACAUACGGGAGAAAAAAAAUUUAGGUGUGAAAUUUGUUUAAAAAAUUUUUCUCAGAUAAGUGGUCUGAAGACACAUUUGCGCAGUCACACUGGAGAAAAGCCAUUCGAAUGUGAUAUUUGUUUUAAAAAAUUUUCGCAAAAUGUUAGUUUGAAGGAACAUUUAUACAGUCACACAGGAGAAAAGCCGUUUAAAUGUGAAACCUGCUCGAAAAGUUUUUUAAAUAAACAUAAUUUAUAUAGACAUUUCAGUAAUCACUCUGAAGAAAAGCCUUUUAGAUGUGAUAUAUGUUUAAAAACUUUCACAAAGGAAAAUAGUUUGAAUGUACAUUUACUCAAUCACACUGAAGAAAAACCAUUCAAAUGUGAAAUUUGUUUUAAAAGUUUUCCACGAAAAUCUUCUUUGAAAACACAUUCAAUUACUCAUAAAAAAGAAAAGCCAUUCAAAUGUGAAAUUUGUUUGAAAACAUUUUCACAGAAAUCUUCUUUAAAAACACAUUCGAUUACUCACAAAAACGAAAAGCCUUUCAAAUGUGAAAUUUGUUUGAAAAGUUUCUCACAAAAAAUUCAUUUGAAUACACAUUUGCUAAGUUAUACAAAAGAAAAGCUGUUUAAAUGUGAAAUCUGCUCGAAAACUUUUUUACACAAACAUCAUUUAAAUAGACAUCUGCGUAGUCACACAGGAGAAAAGCCAUUUAAAUGUGAUAUUUGUUUAAAAACAUUCACACAGAAAAAAAGUUUAAAUGUACAUUUAAUUAAUCACACUGAAGAAAAGCCCUACAAAUGUGAACUUUGCUUUAAAAGUUUUUCUCAAAAAUAUAGGUUGAAAACACAUUCGCUUAGUCACACAGGAGACAAACCAUUCAAAUGUGACAUUUGUUUAAAAACUUUCUUAUAUAAAAAUAGUUUAAUUGGACAUUUGCUUCAUCACAAACGAUCCAAUCUGAAAUACAUAAUGGAUAUGGAGCAAACGGUGAAGGAAGAAAUCGAGAUUCACCAUGAUGUUAUUAACAAUAUGAAUAUUAAACAAGAAUUCAGUGAUGAAAUGCCCUAUGCCGCUUCUAAAAAUGUAAAUACAAUUAGUACGCAUCCUAUUAAACAAGAAAUAAGUGACGAUCUAAACACAGAUCAAGUAUUUGAAGAAUCUAUGGUCGCCGCAAAAAUAGAGGAAUGUACUAAUAUGGUUGAUAAACACAAAAUUCCAAACAAAUUGCAAUAUUUUAGAAUAAAAACUGGAAAGCGAAUUAAAUCACUGGUGUUGCUAAAAAAUGGAAAACAUCUUAAUCUGAAUAUGAUUGGUAGGAUUGUAAUCUGUGAAUUGUGUGGAAAUUUAUACACGAAACGAAGAGAAUUUCUUUUCCACUUUUCUACAAAUCAUUAUACAAAACAGGAAUUUUACAAGAGUAAUAAAAGGCAAACAAACCUUGAUGAGAAUGUGAAAAAUGAAAUUGAAAUAGUUGAAGAUGAGUGGCAAAAAAAGAAAGAUAUCAAAGGGUCUGAUAAUAUCAAGUCAAGUAUAUAUGCUGUUCAUAAAUUAAAGAGAAAUUAUUCAACUGCGAGAGAAAACUUCAAAUGUGACAUUUGCUUGAAAACUUUUACAAGAAAAGAUAGUUUAAACACGCAUUCACGUAUUCAUACUGGGGAAAAGCCUUUUAAAUGUGACAUUUGUUCAAAAACUUUUUUACGAAAAAUUAGUUUAAAGUUUCAUUUUCGUAGACACACAGGAGAAAAGCCGUUUAAAUGUAUUUAUUGUGCAAAAAGUUUCUCAUAUAGAAGUAGUUUUGAAUUACAUUUUCGUGGUCAUAUUGGAGAAAAGCCAUUCAAAUGUAAAAUUUGCUCAAAAACUUUUUUACUAAAAACUCAAUUAAAGUCACAUAUUAAAAUUCACACUGGAGAACCAUUUAAAUGUGACGUUUGUUCAAAAUCAUUUUUAUGGAAAAGUAAUUUAAAUGCACAUUUGCAAAGGCACUUAGGAGAGAAAGGAGAAAAUUCAAAAUUUAAAUGUGAUAUUUGUUUGAAAGCUUUUUCACAGAAAAGUAAUUUGAAAGCACAUGUGCAAGGGCAUUCAAAAGGAGAAGUAUUCAAAUGUGAAAUUUGUCUAAAAACCUUUUCACUGAAAAAAAGUUUACAAAUGCAUUUUCUCAGUCACACAGAAAAGUCAUUCAAGUGUGACAUUUGUUGUAAACAAUUUUCUUAUAAAAAUCCUUUGAUUAUGCAUAUGCGUAGUCACACAGGAGAAAAGCCUUACAAAUGUGACAUUUGUUCAAAAACUUUCACGCAGAAAUCUAAUUUAAAAACACAUUUGCAACGGCAUUCAGGAGAAAAAUCAUUCAAAUGUGACAUUUGUUAUAAAACCUUUUUGGUGAAAAAUAGUUUGAAAGUACAUCUGAUUACUCACACAGAGAAGUCAUUCAAAUGUGACAUUUGUUUUAAACCAUUUCCUUAUAAAAAUCAUUUGAUUAGACACAUGCGUAGUCACACAGGAGAAAAGCCUUACAAAUGUGACAUCUGUGCAAAAACUUUCACACAGAAAUCUAUUUUAAAUACACAUUUGCAACGGCAUUCGGGAGAAAAACCAUUCAAAUGUGACAUUUGUUUGAAAGCCUUUUUGGUGAAAAAUAAUUUGAUUAUACAUAUGCGUGGUCACACAGGAGAAAAGCCGUACAAAUGUGACAUCUGUGCAAAAACCUUUGCACAAAAAUCUCAAUUAAAUGUACAUUUGGGUAGUCGCAAAGAAAGAAACUCAUUAAAAUGUGACAAUUGUUCGGCAACUUUCACAAACAAAUGUAGCUUCAAUAGACACUUUAGCAUUCACCCUGAAAUGAAGAGAAUUCAGAAAUAUAAUCCAGACAGAAUGGAUGUGGAGCAAAAGGUAACUAAGAACGAAAUCGAGAUUCAAAAUGAUGUUAAUUGGAAAAUGAAUGUUAAACAAGAAUUUAGUGAUGAAAUUUGUAAUGUCGCUUUUCAAAAUGUAAAUAUAAUUAGUAUGCAUCCUAUAAAACAAGAAAUAAUUGACGAUCCAAACACAGUUCAAGUAUUUGAAAACUUUAUGGUGGCCGCAAAAACAGAGGAUAUUGUUAAUAAACCCAAAAAUCAAAACAAAUUUAAAUCUUUGAGAAUAAAAACUGAAAAUGUAACUAAAUCGCGAGUUUUCUUUACAGGCUUGUUAAAAAAUGGAAAACAUCUGAAUACAAUUGGUGGGAUUAUAAUAUGUGAGUUGUGUGGAAAUUUGUAUACGAAACAAAGAGAAUUCCUUUGUCAUUUUUCUACAAAUCAUUGUAUGAAACAGGAAUUUUAUCAGAAAAAUAAAUGCUGUAUAAAAAUGCAAAAAACAGACUCUGAAAUAGUUGAAGAAGGUUUGAAAAAGGAAGAAGAUAUUAAAUUUGCUGAUAAUUCCAAUUCAAUUAUAUUGAAAAGAAACGAUUUAAACUCUAGAAAAAACUUAUUCAAAUGUGACAUUUGUUUAAAAACUUUUUCACGAAAAAGUAAUUUAAACAAACAUUUAUUUAUUCAUACAGGAGAAAAGCCUUUUAAAUGUGAAAUUUGUUCACAAGUUUUUUCACAGAAAUAUACUUUAAAUAAACAUUUGCACAGUCACAGUGAAGAAAAGCCACACAAAGAAAAAAUGCAAUUCAAAUGUGACAUUUGUUUUAAACCUUUCCCUUAUAAAAAUAAAUUGAUUAUACAUAUGCGUAGUCACACCGGAGAAAAACCUUUUACAUGUGACGUUUGUGCAAAAAAUUUCUCGCAGAAAAGUCAUUUAACUUUACAUUUUCGUAGUCAUACCGGAGAAAACCUCUUAAAAUGUGAAAUUUGCCCAAAAACUUUUUGGCAGGAAAAUAAGCUAAAAUCACAUAUGUUCAGUCACACUGGAGAAAAGCCAUUCAAAUGUGAUAUUUGUUUAAAAACUUUUUCUUAUAAGAACACUUUACUCAGACAUUCGCUCAAUCACAAAGAAGAAAAGCCUUUCAAAUGUGAAAUUUGUUCGAAGGGUUUUGUGCAGAAAUCUGAGCUGAAAGAGCAUUCCUUCAGUCACACUGGAGAAAAACCAUUCAAAUGUGACAUUUGCUUUAGUACUUUUUCAUAUAAGAAUACUUUAGUCAGGCAUUUGCUAAGUCACAAUGAAGAAAAGCCAUUCAAAUGUGAAAUAUGUUUAAAAAGUUUUGUGAAGAAAUAUAAACUGAAAGAGCAUGUGCUUACUCACACAGGAGAAAAACCAUUCGAAUGUGAAGUUUGUUUGAAAAGUUUCACACAGAAAUAUAUUUUAAAUGUACAUUUGCGCAGUCACAUUGGAGACAAACCAUUCGAGUGUGAAAUUUGCUCCAAAAAAUUUUCACAGAAAUAUACUUUAAAUGUACAUUUACACGGUCAUACUAAAGGAAAACAAUUCAAGUGUGAAGUUUGCUGGAAAUCGUUUAAAAGUAGAUAUUCUUUGGAAAAACAUUUAUGUAGAUACACAGAGGAAAACCAACAUUCCAUUCCUACCAAUGAAGACGUUUGCAGAAUUUGGUUGCAAAGAAUAAAUAACCCCAAGUUAAUGCUUGCAGAUACAGUAUUAUCAUCACAUAGAAUAUGUGAUAUUCAUUUUGAACCAAUUUGUAGAAACCCCAAUGGCAGGUUAAAAAAAGUUUCCCUGCCAACUCUACUUUUACCUGAAUUGAUUGUAAGGACUAGUUCCUCUAUCAACAUCUUUUCUGGCAAUAGCCCAAUAGAGGGAACAAAAAAACCUGUUAAGGUGUACACAAGGAAGCGAUUAUUUCAAGCUCUUGUUGAAGAACCUUGUAGCUCCUCGAGUAUCCUGUAUGAACCAUCAAUAUCGACUAAUAUGGAAACAAAUAAACUUGGAGGACACUCGACUGUGACAGGUGAGUAUAGUCAUAUCCUUUCAGAUCAAAAUCAAUCUAGGAAACUUAAUAAAAGACGUAGCCCCUAUCCUGAGAACAUUAAUAUUUUGCCACAUAAAGUCAGUCAGUGGAAGUCAGCUGCUAAGAAAGCGCAAAAAUAUCGUCCAAAAACAAUAAUAAAAUACUUCUGGAACAUUCAAAAUGGCUUAAAAAUUUUUGCUCUUCCUACUGAUGCCCAGUUGAAAACUGUUUGGUUAACCAGGGCAGGUUUUAAGGGCAACAUAACAGGAAAUUUGAAAGUAUGUCCAAAGCAUUUCAAUCCUUUAUGUUUGAAACAAGACGGCAAAGGUUUGGGGUUAGUGAAAGGUGCAGUGCCAUCCCUUCAUUUACCUGGCUACUCUGUUGUUGGAAACUCCACAGAUAAUUUCUGGUUUCCGCCACAACAAAACGUUCACAUACCAGAAAAAAUUAAAGAUAUACUUGCGAGUUUUCCAUUAGGCCAGACAUCUUUGACCCCAUCUACCUCCACUGAGUUGAAAGUUCAAAUCCCUAUUAGAGUAUAUGGACGAAGAAGUCAGCCCUUCAUAGACUCUGAAACUUCAUUUAUGCUUCAACCGUCAACUUCUCAAGCUGUCGAUGACGUACUAGACCCUCCAGUAGCACCAUCAAAAGUCGGGGUGGAACUCACCCCUAGGGUAAAAACGCUCAUCGGCGUAGGAACUGUAAUAAUAAAUUUUACAAUGGAAGUAAAACAAGAACCAGAAAAUUGUUCCACAGAAGAGAAGAUUGAUAUCAAAAAAAGUAGUUUUCCGAAUUUAAUUGUUGAUAAAAGUAAUAUUAUCCAACAAUGUAAUAUUAAAAUCGAGUCGGUUUCAAUAAAGCAGGAAAACGACACGUGUAAUUUAGAACAGAACGAGAUUAUUGAUGGCAAAAAACCAAAGUUCGACUUGGUUAAAAUAAAUGAUAAAAAAUUGAGAUUGGGGUUAUUAAAAAAUGGAAAACGGCUAAAUCCAAAUAGUGUUGCUACAGUUAUGAUCUGUGGGUUUUGUGGAAAUUUAUAUACGAAACAAGUAAAAUUUCAUUGCCAUUUUUCAACAAAUCAUUUUAUAAAAGAAAAUAAAUUAUAUUAUAAGACUAAAUUUAACCACAAAAAUAGAAGUUAUACUAAAAACCGAACUAAAAUUCUUAGAAAUCUUGGUGAAGAUAUUAAAAAUGAUAUUAAUAUGGCAGAAAAUGCAUUGAAUUCAAGGAUGCAGGGAAUUGGAAGUUUAUUCAAUAUGACAAUUAACUCAAAUAGAUAUUUGUAUAUUAACACUGGUGAAAAGCCAUUCACAUGUGACAUUUGUUUGAAAUCCUUCUCAAAGAAAUAUAAUUUAACAACACAUUUACUUUGUCAUACUGGAGAAAGGCCUUUCAAAUGUGACAUUUGUUUGAAAACCUUUUCACUGAAAUCUAAUUUAAACGCACAUUUACGUGGUCAUACAGGAAUAAAACCAUUCAAAUGUGAUAUUUGUCUCAAAUCGUUUAUGACAAAACAAUUACUAGAGAGACAUUUGUUUUGUCACACAGGCGGAAAACCAUUUAAAUGUUUAAUUUGUUCAAAAUCCUUUUCAAAGAAAUGUAAUUUGAAAACACAUUCAAUCAGUCAUACUGGAGACAAGCCCUUCAAAUGUGACAUUUGUUCAAAAACUUUUACAGUGAAAAGGGAAUUAAAUAAACAUUUAUUUAGUCACACUGGUGUGAAACCAUUUGAAUGUGAGAUUUGCUUGAAAACUUUUUUACAUAAAACUAGUUUAAUGACACAUUUGUGUUAUCAUACAGGAGAGAAACCUUACAGAUGUGACAUAUGCUCAAAAGUAUUUUCAGAAAAAGUAUGUUUAACAAGACAUUUGCGUAGACACACAGGAGAGAAACCAUUUAAAUGUGAUAUUUGCUCAAAAUGUUUUUCAUGGAAAACUAGUUUAAUCACACAUUUGCGUAGUCACACAGGAGAAAAACCAUAUAAUUGCGACAUUUGCUUGAAAACUUUUUCGUGGAAAACUAGUUUAAUUGGACAUUCUCAUAGUCAUACUGGAGAAAAGCCAUACAAAUGUGACAUAUGUUCGAAAACUUUUCCACUGAAAAAUAGUUUGAGUACACAUUUGCGUAGUCACACAGGAGAAAAACCAUUCAAAUGUGACAUUUGCUCGAAAACUUUCCCACUGAAAAGUAGAUUGAAAAUCCAUUUUCGUAGUCACACUGGAGAAGAACCAUUCAAAUGUGACAUCUGCUUUAAAUCAUUUUCACAAAAAUGUAAUUUGAAUACACAUUUGCGUGGUCAUACAGGAGAAAAACCAUUCAAAUGUGACAUUUGUUUGAAAACUUUCAAAUUAAAAGGUAGUUUGAAUACUCAUUUCCGAAAUCACACCGGAGAGAAACCAUUCAAAUGUGACAUCUGUUCGAAAAGUUUUCCUCUGAAACAUAGUCUUAAUAUGCAUUUGCACAGUCACAUAGGAGGAGAACCAUUCCAAUGUGAUAUUUGUCUUAAACCUUUUUCACAGAGAUGUAAUUUAAAUACACAUCUACGAACUCAUACAGGAGAAAAGCCAUUCAAAUGUGACAUUUGCACCAAAUCUUUUUUAACAAAACAAAGUUUGGAAAGACAUUUGAUUUGUCAUAGAAACUAA